AUGUCCAAGGUAACGGCGCCCGGGCCCGGGCCGCCGGCCGCGGCGGCGGGCGGGAAGGAGAAGCGCUCCUUCAGCAAGCGGCUGUUCCGGAGCGGCCGCGCGGGCGGCGGCAGCAGCGGCGGCGGCGGCGGCGGCAGCGCGGGGGGCCCCGGGCCGGCCGCGCCCUCCUCGGCGCGCUCGGUGGGCAGCUUCAUGAGCCGCGUCCUCAAGACGCUGUCCACGCUCUCGCACCUUAGCUCCGAGGGCGCCGCCCCGGACCGCGGCGGCCUCCGCAGCUGCUUCCCGCCGGGGCCGGCCGCCGCGCCCACGCCGCCGCCGUGCCCGCCGCCGCCCGCCUCGCCCGCGCCGCCCGCCUGCGCCUCGGAGCCGGUGCCCGGCGUGGCGGGGCUCCGCAACCACGGCAACACGUGCUUCAUGAACGCCACGCUGCAGUGCCUGAGCAACACCGAGCUCUUCGCCGAGUACCUGGCCCUGGGCCAGUACCGGGCGGGCCGGCCGGAGCCCUCGCCCGACCCCGAGCAGCCGGCGGGCCGCGGUGCGCAGGGCCAGGGCGAGGUCACCGAGCAGCUGGCUCACCUGGUGCGGGCCCUCUGGACCUUGGAGUACACGCCGCAGCACAGCCGCGACUUCAAGAGCAUCGUGUCAAAGAACGCGCUGCAGUAUCGGGGGAAUUCCCAGCACGAUGCCCAGGAGUUUCUGCUGUGGCUUUUGGACCGAGUUCACGAAGACCUCAAUCACGCUGUGAAGCAGAGCGGCCAGCCCCCCGUGAAGCCACCGUCAGAGACUGAUAUGCUGCCCGAGGGACCAUCAUUUCCUGUCUGCAGCACUUUCGUACAAGAGCUUUUUCAAGCCCAGUACAGAUCUUCUUUGACAUGUCCUCAUUGUCAGAAACAGAGCAACACCUUUGACCCUUUCCUCUGCAUUUCGUUGCCAAUUCCUCUGCCACAUACCAGGCCCCUCUAUGUCACUGUAGUGUAUCAAGGGAAAUGCUCUCACUGCAUGAGGAUCGGCGUGGCUGUGCCUCUGUCUGGGACUGUGGCCAGACUCCGGGAAGCAGUGUCCGUGGAAACAAAGAUCCCCACUGAUCAGAUUGUGUUAACGGAAAUGUACUAUGAUGGGUUCCAUCGUUCCUUCUGUGAUACAGAUGACCUGGAAACAGUCCAUGAAAGCGACUGCAUUUUUGCCUUUGAGACUCCAGAAAUAUUUAGGCCUGAAGGAAUUCUCAGUCAAAGAGGAAUUCACUUAAACAACAAUCUAAACCACUUGAAAUUUGGCUUGGAUCAUCACAGACUGUCUUCCCCUACACAAACAGCAGCAAAGCAAGGGAAAAUGGAUUUGCCCAGCACAAGAGCAGGAAGCGACAAGAUUGUUCUGCUGGUGUGUAACCGGGCCUGCACUGGGCAGCAGGGGAAAAGGUUUGGACUGCCUUUCAUGCUGCACCUGGAGAAGACGGUAGCAUGGGACCUUCUGCAGAAGGAAAUCCUGGAGAAGAUGAAGUAUUUCUUGAGGCCCACAGUUUGCAUUCAGGUGUGUCCGUUCAGUCUGCGUGUGGUCAGCGUCGUGGGAAUAACAUACUUGCUGCCCCAGGAGGAACAGCCUCUGUGCCACCCGACGGUAGAAAGGGCAUUAAAAUCUUGUGGACCAGGUGGUACCGCUCAUGUGAAAUUAGUCGUAGAGUGGGACAAGGAGACAAAAGAUUUCUUGUUUGUGAACACUGAAGACGAGUACAUCCCUGAUGCGGAAAGUGUCCGUCUGCAGAAGGAGCGUCAUCAUCAGCCUCAGACCUGCACUCUGUCCCAGUGUUUCCAGCUCUACACCAAAGAGGAGCGGCUUGCCCCAGAUGACGCCUGGCGUUGCCCACACUGCAAGCAGCUGCAGCAGGGGAGCAUUACAUUAAGCCUGUGGACCCUGCCCGACGUGCUCAUCAUACAUCUCAAGAGGUUUCGGCAGGAAGGAGACAGACGUAUGAAACUGCAGAACAUGGUCAAGUUCCCUUUGACUGGCCUGGACAUGACACCUCAUGUGGUUAAGAGAAGCCAGAGCAGCUGGAGUUUGCCAUCCCACUGGUCCCCGUGGAGACGGCCCUAUGGACUCGGGAGGGACCCUGAGGACUACAUCUAUGACCUGUAUGCUGUGUGCAAUCAUCAUGGCACCAUGCAAGGGGGGCACUACACAGCGUACUGUAAAAACUCCGUGGACGGCCUCUGGUACUGCUUCGACGACAGCGACGUGCAGCAGCUGUCGGAAGAUGAGGUCUGCACGCAGACAGCCUACAUCCUUUUCUACCAGAGGCGGACAGCGAUCCCGUCGUGGUCGGCCAACAGCUCGGUGGCAGGCUCCACAAGUUCUUCCCUGUGUGAACACUGGGUGAGCCGACUCCCGGGGAGCAAGCAAGCCAGCGUGACCUCUGCGGCUUCCUCCAGACGCACUUCCCUGGCCUCGCUCUCCGAGUCUGUAGAGAUGACCGGGGAAAGGAGCGAAGAUGAUGGAGGCUUUUCUACUCGGCCAUUCGUGAGAAGUGUCCAGCGUCAGAGCUUGUCAUCCAGGUCCUCUGUGACCAGCCCCUUGGCUGUGAACGAAAACUGCCUGAGGCCUUCUUGGUCGCUGUCUGCCAAGCUGCAGAUGCGCUCCAACUCUCCUUCCCGCUUCUCGGGCGACUCUCCGAUCCAUAGCUCGGCCUCCACCUUGGAGAAGAUCGGGGAGGCGGCGGAUGACAAGGUCUCCAUCUCUUGCUUCGGUAGCUUGAGGAACCUGGCUAGCAGUUACCAGGAGCCCAGCGACAGUCCCAGCCGGCGUGAGCACAGGGCUGUGGGCCGAGCCCCUCUGGCGGUCAUGGAAGGUGUGUUCAGAGAUGAGUCAGACACGCGCAAAUCCAGCUCUGGUGUUGCAGAUCCACAGGGCAAAAACUCGGCACAAGGGCAGCGCCUGCCGUCCAUCUCUGAUCCGUUUGAUAACAACAACCAGAUUGCUUACGUGGACCAGAGCGAUUCGGUGGACAGCUCUCCAGUCAAAGAGGCGAAAGCCCCGAGCCAGCCGGGCUCCCUCACAAAGAAACCAGAGAGCACAGCCAAGAGAUCCCCUGGCCCCAGAGGCACUUGUGAGCCAGAGAAGAGCUUGCGGAAGGGGAGGCCAGCCUUGGCGAGCCAGGACUCGUCUCUUUCUAGCACGUCCCCUUCUUCUCCCGUUCCCAUCCAAGUGUCCCGAAAGCCCUCCCGUUCCCGGAGCAAAGCCGAGUCUUCUGCCAGGGCUAGUGGAAGGCAUUCGGCCCCCGCCCCCGCCCAGCCCAAGAAGGAGUCCUCGCCCAAGUCCCAGGACUCUGUGUCCUCUCCCUCUCCGCAGAAGCAGAAGUUGGCUCCUGCCCUCGCUCACGCCGCUUCCUCGACAUCGGCCAGAAAAGCUUCCGGCCCUGCAGCCAGAGGCCCCUUCCCUGCCGGGAAAAGCAGGACUCAGGAGCGCAGCCUGAGUCGCGAGGCUUCCAGACAGAGCCUGGGUUCUGACCGAGGCAGCGUCACCUCCACCUCCAAGCCCAGCUCCCCCCGGGUGAGCCAGGCCCGAGCUGGGGAGGGCAGGGGUGACGGCAAGCACGUCCGGAGCUCCUCCAUGGCCAGCCUGCGCUCCCCCAGUACGAGCGCGAGGUCGGCUCUGAAGAGGGACAGCAAGUCUGAGGACAAGGGGCUGUCCUUCUUCAAGUCCGCCUUGAGACAGAAGGAGACCCGGCGCUCCACGGACCUCGGCAAGACAGCCUUGCUCUCCAAAAAAGCCGGAGGGGGCUCCGCCAAGUCGGCCUGUAAGAACAGCGCGGAUGAGAAGGCAGAGCGAGGCCCCCGGCCACCUGGCUCCCAGCAGCCACAGGCCACACAGGCCACCGUGCUCGGGAAAGAGCCGCUCGUCCCCAAGGACCCUGCCUCUGCUAAACAUUCCCUGCUGUCCGCUCGCAGAUCCAAGUCUUCCCAGCUCGACUCCGGAGCGCCCUCGUCUCCUGGCGGCAGGCAGUCUGCCGAGAAGGCCUCCAGAAAGUCAUCUAGCACCCCUGCACGGCCGUCCCAGAAACCUCAGUGAGGUCGCUGCACGCCGAGCGAGCGUCUCCUCUGUAAAGAUGUUUAUUUAUUUGGAACCCCGCCCCUCCCACCAAAGCCCGCUCUGCUUUUGUUUUGUAUUUUUCGGGUCACAUGCCUGACUCUGCGUGUAUGUUUGGGUGGGCGUGGGUGUGUGUGUGUGUGGGUGUGGGUGUGUGUGUGUGAGAUAGAGAGAAUUCAAUUGCAAAUUGUUAAAAGCAUCGCCUUAUUCUGCCAUUGAACCAAAUAACAGCCAUAGGCAAAGCAUUGACCCCAAGCUAACUGGAAUACUCGUAGCCGGUCCUUUGGACAGUCCCCUCUAGCAGUUGUACAUACUUCUUUCUGGAGCGCUCUGAUGACUUUUGGCGGACACUAGGAUUUGAAACCUGUGAAGCAGUGACGCUGGCGUUCGUGAGUAGUGGGGUGAGCUGUUGGCUCGGCCUCCCUCUGCCGAUUGUCGGGUGGCACCGCGAGCUCUGAAAACUGUGACGCUAACAGCGAAACAAACCGAGGGAAAAACUGUUGCUUUCUGCACUUUCCGGCCCAUCUUGCAGUCUUUGUAAAGGGCAAUAUUUUCACACUAAUGUUUCUCAGGUAUACACCGGCUGGUCUAGUCACCGGGGUAAAGAGGAGGAUGGCACGCGGGUGACUGUCGUGUCUCCUACUGCCACAGACGUUUCAGAGGUGGAAGAGGCUCGCUGCCUUCGUGUCUGCAGAGACGUGUGUGCCGUAGUACGUCCUAAGAGGUAGCAAAUCGGACAGCCAGGAAGUUCCUUAUGAAUUUGCUAGCCAAGGCCAUGAGGGUUUUAAACUGUAGCGAGGGCAGUGAAUACCUUUGGAAGAUGGAAGAGUCCUGGGGGAAAAAAAAAAAAAAGGAUUCUAAACUGGAUGCACGCAUCUGUACACUUUCCUUUCCCGGUGUUGCUUGCUUUCUGUGGGAAGUUGACCGCUUCGUGCUUCCCCAUCUGCACACUCGUGUUUCCUCGCCUCGUAACGUGGAGAGCAAACGUCAGCAGUGGUGCGUGGAAGCAGCCGGUGCCAGAGGGUUCCACGCGCACUUCGGGUUCUGCCCGUGGGUCUUAGCUACCCCGCUCUGCACUAACUCCUUUAUUUCUCCUCUGUGCUGAAGAUGUAAUCUCACGUCAGAGCUCACUAGCAGGAUAGGAGUGCAUUCCGUCUGGCAGUGUCGUUGCAAACGGCGUUUCUGGUUAAGAAAAAGGAGAACCUCACAGAUGAUCAAGAGACAGCUCUUCCAGCUUUUCUGGAGGUCUCCUGGCAGUACUUGUCUGCUCAAUUUUUAGCUUUUCUUCUCUUUAUUGUUAAUAUUUUUUUAAUACCGUCUAGAGAGUCAUGGUCCCGAUUCUCCUUGGAUAGCAUUUGUCACUUUGCCAUAAAAUAUGGUGUGCUAAGUUCAUAUGUUUUUAAAAAUCUAAACUUUGGAGGGUGGGUCACAGAGUGUCAGGUUCCUCCUGAGCUCUUGGUGCACAGAUUCGUUUGUGUCGUCCCUUUUCAGUAUUGCUGUGUUUGCAAAGAAAAUACACACGUGGAGCUGGAAACCCUGCACUGCCUUCUCUUUCUUUCUUUUUAUUUUUUUUCGUGAAUACCUCUUGGAUGUACUUCCAGUAGGUUACUUAACUUUAUUUUGCUGCUAUUUUGAGCAUUCGCUGGUAACUUGCAAGUGCCGAGGCUCUUUGUGUUGAAGGUAGCUGGAGUUUUAGACCUUGGCAGUAGCUAAGAUGUAACGUAUUCGGCCUUCUGAGAGCCAACCACGAGCGCUCCGUGGAUUUCAUCGGGCGGGAGCCUGUUUCCCGUGGCACACCCCUGCGGUGUCUCCCCACCCAACCCCCCACAGUUCUCGGUGACGUCCCAAAGCACUGUGCCGUGCUGGAGGGUGGCCGUGGGGGACUGGCUGCGUCCGUGCUGGUGCCGCCUCCAGCGGCCUGCUCACGGCCCCAUCAGUGUGUGUGCUCCAGUGGGCCGGCAUGUCCAUUCCUGGAGAAGGUGCGCCGGACGUGGGUGGUCGGUGUGAGGAGCGGACUGUCUGAUCUGAGCCUGUCGUCUUUGUUUACUAGGUAGAGCCCACGUGAUACCUCCUGUCUGAGGAAGCUGACUUGGGCUAGAGUUAUCGUUUGAUUAGACAGAGGGUUUUAACAAAUCCUCUUUCACUGUAGUCAGACAAGCAUUAAUGGAAGCUGGUUUAAUUUUCACAGUGGUAAAUUUUUUUUAUUUUCGAGUUCUCUAGGAAUGUGUUUUCCAUUAUGUCCAGUGUUUUGGGGGGGGGGGGGGGAGGAAACCUUCAGAACUCCCUUUACGUCUCCAUGAGCUCUAGAAAUAAAAUUUCUAUAAUUUAAUAAAAUCUGUAAACUAUCUGUCUUUGGAGUUUAGUCCUUGUUUCAGAUUUGCUGGAAUAGGAAAAAAAAAAAAAAAACAGGGAAUGUUAUGGCGUGCCUAGGCAUCGUUAAGCCAUUGUAUUUCCCUGGUUGGUGAACAGUGGAAAUUUCAUUGUCCCUAGCUACGUGGUACAACUGUAAGCCACAGAAAAGGAUAUCUUGCCUAAAAUUUGGGAGGCCCUUUUUGGGGCAUAAAGUAUCUUAAGGGAAGAUUGUUCACUUAGUUCAAUUCAGUUGCUCUGUAAGGUUAGGGACGUGUGUUUACCUUUUUAUUUUCCUGGUGAUACUUGGCAAAAUGAACAUUUUUGUGUUUUGGGGUUAAAACUCAUUUGCCAACCUAGGUUUCUGGUUGACACCCAGGGCCUGCUGAGAGCAGGCGUGUCCUGGUAGGCACCGGGUGAUCGCCUGCAGUAGUGCUGUAGCUGUCGUGUUGCUUUAAAAAGAAAAGGGCUUUCUUCUUGAUUUCUUUCUGCCAGUGCCCUAGCUUGGCUCAUUCCUUCAGGCCCUGCCCUUAGAUAACUUGCAAGCACAAAGAAACCACUGGCAGGCUCCUCUCACCUUACUCGGUCUCCCACCCCUUUUGUGUUUUCAAAUCCUGAAAGCGGCCCGAAGUGAGAACACACACGUGGACCAGCGGGGCCGGGGGUGGGACUGCCCCUGGCCUGAAGCACUGUGAUGACCAGUGCGCGGCUUCAUACUCGUUGGCAGCCAUUCUUUCUUCAUUCGUUCAUUGUGCAGACGUUCACGGAGAGCCUGCUUUGCCUGUCAAGGCACAGCUGACCGCCUCAGGAAUUUGCCAAGGAGGAUCCUGGGGAGCACCGCCCGGCCAGCAAUGCUGGGAUGUCCCUGCCGGUCCUCGGUAAAAAGACCACGUGGACUUGGGUCCGUCAACUCCCCUGGAGCCGGUCAGCUCUGUCUGGGAACCAGAAGACCCCUGCUUUGUCUCUGGAGACAUUUUACUCUCACAGUUGAGGUGGAGCUGUCUGCACCGUGGAGGGGUGGGAGAUCCAUGGCCCAGUCGCUUUACAUUAGAAUUUGGUCAUCUCUGUAUGGCAUGGGUGUGGGGGCUUUCUGGGGAACUGGGAAGAAUUGUCAUCCCUGUGUAAUAACUAUCAUGACAAAAGGGACAGCGUGUAAAGGGAACAGUAGCUGCAGCUGUGACCAAGCUCCCGUAAGUUCCAAAUAAAUGUGUUUCUAAAUGGACAUGUAACAUUUCACGCUAAUUACUGAACUCCUGAAGUUACUGUUUCCUACAUAGGUUAUUAUAAUUAAUGGGUGCAAAGAUCAUUAGUGUUUUGGGUUGGACUUUUGAGACAGUGUGCAAAUCCUGAGCACAGUUUCAUCAAACCACAUUCCGGAGGUGCAUUGAACUUUGUGUUACUUGGAAUUGAGAAGGGCAAAAUGUAUUGACAAACCAGUGCCUAUCAUAAGCAUAAAUACAAAAAGUAGCUAUUACCGUGCAGGCUUUAAUUUCCUAAAAGGCAUAUUAUUGUUAAACCUGACCACAUAUUUGAGGGGGGGAUCCAAUGCUUUUAUCUGAACGAACAUUCUGUGUCUCACACUGCCUUUUGAUCAAUUCCCAAAGUGUUUGUUUUUGCAGCUGCACUUUAGCAUGACCGAUCAUCUCUGUCCCAAGUAACAAUUUUUUUUGCAUGGCCUCCAUCUAACCCAGAAUGCAUGCUCUUACUACCUAUGCAAGCAACCCAUGAAAAAUACAGACUUUACAAAAUGUUAAGUUUUAAAAAAAGCAACAACAACAACAACAAAAAGGCCACUCUUAGGUUAUGGAGCUCUAUUUUUGAAUUUGUAACUUUUGAAAAUGUGGCUUAAUCAGUAUAGGAGCGCAUGAAUGUGAUUUCUUGCUUUACAUAUAUUUCUGUGACGACGUUUUUGAUCAAACGUCUCUGAUGAGGUUUUUUAUCUUUGGCAAGAUUAUGUGUAAAAUAAGUGUUUUGCAAGCAGAAAUGGAAUUGGCUAUGUUGAACACAUAUCGGUGUAUAUACUGUAUUUAGCCUGAAGACUUUCCCGAAGUAUUUUGUUCUAAAAAAUAACCUGCCAUUUUCUAUAGAUUUUAAUUUUUUAUAUCUUCUAGAGUUCUCUUGUCACCAGGAAAGACUGGGGCUUCAAGUAGUGCUAAUGAUUUUCAAAUGCUUUCGUAGAGACUUGGAUUUGUUCUGGAAGGCCCUGGAGAGACCCAUCCCCUGGUUACAAUAAGAUUAAGGCCGGAGGGACUCACGGGGGUGUCGUACAGCGGAUAGAUUCUAGAUCCAUCUCUCAUUCACCUAGAACCAGUGUUUCCCAGUUUGGGGGAGGAGAGGGGUUCCUAAGAGGCCGUUUAGAAUGGCACACGUAGGCCUCUCCUGAAUGACGUGUCUGAGAUCAGAGCACCCAGUGUUCCCUGGAAUCAUUGCCAGGAAACGUUGGGAAAUGGGGCCGGGUCCCGGAAUUGCCUCCUGUUUUCCAGCCCUGGUGUUCCCAGGUGGCAGUUGGAGCUGUGAUCCUCUGUCCCUUUGCUGAGAGCCAAGGCAAGCGUCACGGCGACCAUCACUGCCAGGCGGGGCCCUCAGGACUCCGAGUCCUCCACUGUGUGCGGGAGGCAAAGACAGACGGACAGCUGCUGACUGCACCUGCCCGUCCGCGGGCGGGCACUGGGGCUCCCAGGGAGUGCCCCUGUGGGCUGUGUCCCUUCCGCACUUCCAGCUGGGGCAGGAGGGAAGUCAGUCCGAGUUAGAAAGUGGCAAACCGCCUCUCCAGCCUUGGAAAGCUGUGCCUGCUGAGCUAGGCCGGUCACCUGCUUGUGGUCCUAGCAGACCCCCUUACGGCCUGUUCUCCACUGGACUUCCUCCUCACAGAGUGUAGCUCCAGGAAUUCUCUUCCAGUUGAAAUGAAUGUAGGGCAUUCUAUUCAGUUUUUUCUUUUCUUUGCAAUUCUCAUUGCUGUUUUUUCAUACCAAGUAGUCCUCAUCCAGACAUCUGGCAGUACCUGAUCCACGGUUUUAAUCUGUGGUGAGUUGAGUACGCCGUGGCCUCUUCAGAAUCCUGUGGGUGCUCAGGUGUUUCAGCUUCUUGUGCAUUCUGCUGCCCACAAAAGGAAGAUAAACCCAGCUGGCCUGGUGGUGGUCCCAGAGGUUUCAGGAAUGAAGGAUUCCAGGAAAUGUGUCUUUGGCAAGGCCACCCAGAGUGACGGUAUCUGAAAAUGCAACAGGAGGUCUCCCAGGUGCUAUUCCAAGUGGCGUGGUGUCAUCACACAGAGCAGCACAACGGUCGCCGUGGUGCCGAGGCCGAGGGCCACCUCGUAAGGCUUUCCGACGUGCAGUUGACGCUCUAGCUGGGUUCGCUCGCCAAUCGUGCCUCUCACCACUGGUUAAAACUGAAUGCAAGCCCCACUACAGAAACAGCGUCUUCGGUUUCUACGCUGACUCUUGAAAGCCGCAUGUCAUACCACUGUACGUGAGUUGCUUUGGCAUUGCUCACGCCCCCCGAGGAGUGAUUUCUGUGCAAGUCUCUUCUUUGGUUGUACAAUGAUCUGGAAGGCAGGAUGUCUUUCCUGGAGGCUGGAAGCAAGUGUAUCAUAAUGUUUUAAAUUAUUUUAGAAGACAAGUGCAUGAGAUGUGUCGCCAACUUCUGUUAUUUAUUUGUAUGUUUUAUUAUUCAAGGGGAAUGCACUUUUAAGAAGCAGAGUCUCUAUUUUUAUGUUUAAGACGUUUUAUUUCUGAAACAGCAGUUGACUAUACAGCAUACGGUUGGAAUUAAAAGUGGAAAAUGUAACGAAACAUAAUAAAUUUAUUACGCGAUGCCCUCUUCAAGCCAUCUUCC